AUGUUUAUUCAUCUAUUUUUAAGUUUCGUCUUAUUACAUCAAGUAGCAUGUCAAAUCUCAUGCUAUAUUUGUCCUCUCGAAAGGAAUAGUUUUCAAUACAAUAUUACUACAGAAAAUAUUCCGACACAAUUAAAUAAUUGUACAAUAGAAAACGAACAACAGUAUUGUAUUGUUCAAAUCGAAUGGAAAGAAAAUCCAAAAAUUGAAACGACUAUUCGAUUAGCAGGUUAUACAAAUCCAUAUCCAAGAUCGAGCUUUCCACCUCAUACACUAGCAGUAAAUGCAUAUAUACCCAAUGAUCCAAAUCGAUUCGAAAGAGAAGUAAGACAUUUCUUAAGUUAUAGUUGUUCAACUAAUCAAUGUAAUCAACCAGCCGUUUUAAAACCUCUAUUAGAAUCUUUAAUAAUGAAUGACCAAUUAAAUGAACUUGAGUAUCUUCUUAAAUCAAAUCAAACAUUUGAUCCACAAUGGUGUUUAUCCUUUCAAAACACAAGUUAUUUCUCACAAAGAAAUGAUUCAAAGGAUUGUAAUCAAUGCCGAAAUUAUCUUACGUAUAAGAAUCAAUGGAAAGCAGUAGAUGCAUAUUGUUAUACAUCAGUUUAUCCAGAAAAUCGAUUAGGAUACGAAGUGACAUUUGACUUGAAAGAUCAGACUAGAUCGCAUAGUUGGAUGAUUCAAUGUCAAGCACCGAAUUGUAGCUCAAUGAAUAAUAUGAAACAAAUUACGGAGAAAAUACAAAUUGAAUUUGAUGUUAAUACGUUUUUAAAAAGAACAUCAGCUGGACGAUCAAUAGUUCAUUCAACGAAUUUUCAUAAAACAAUAUUUAUGUUUGUUUUAGUUUUAUUUAUUGACCUUUUUUGGUUUUAG